AUGCCAAAACAGCGGGAUGUUCUUUGUUUUGCAGGGCAGGCCAGCGUCCUGGCCUCUUGUCGGCGACACCAGUGGCGUAGCCUGGCAGAACCCGUUCCAAACAAGUUGGCAGCGAAUGGUCGUCAGCAAAGCGGCGAAGGGAAUAUGAGCACUGCACUUUCUACUGCGUGUUUGGCGGACAUCUGUGAAUCAGUGUGGGACCAAGAAAAGAAGUUGGUUAUUUACCCAGCAGAUAGACGAGAAAAUUGA